AUGGAGAUACCAAAGAGAACCCUGUACAGUAAGAAAUAUGGCGUGGACCUCAUCAGAUACACCCAUGCAGCAAACACAGUCGUUUACAGCUCUAACAAAAUAGACGAUACUAUUCGUUACCUGUCCUUGCAUGACAACAAAUACAUCAGAUACUUUCCUGGACAUAGCAAAAGGGUGGUGGCCUUGUCCAUGUCACCUGUGGAUGACACUUUCAUUUCUGGGUCUCUUGAUAAGACCAUUCGACUCUGGGAUCUCCGGUCUCCUAACUGCCAGGGCCUCAUGCAUCUACAAGGCAAGCCAGUUUGUUCCUUUGAUCCAGAAGGGUUAAUUUUUGCUGCAGGUGUCAAUUCUGAAAUGGUCAAACUUUAUGACCUUCGCUCUUUUGAUAAGGGGCCAUUUGCGACUUUUAAGAUGCAGUACGAUCGGACUUGUGAGUGGACAGGACUUAAGUUCAGCAAUGAUGGUAAACUCAUCCUCAUCUCCACCAAUGGCAGCUUUAUCCGUCUCAUCGAUGCAUUCAAGGGAGUGGUGAUGCACACCUUUGGGGGUUAUGCCAACAGCAAAGCUGUCACUCUGGAGGCCUCAUUUACUCCAGACUCCCAGUUUAUUAUGAUUGGUUCAGAGGAUGGCAAGAUCCAUGUCUGGAAUGGAGAGAGUGGUAUAAAAGUAGCCGUGUUGGAUGGCAAACACACAGGCCCUAUUACCUGUUUGCAGUUCAACCCCAAGUUCAUGACCUUUGCCAGCGCAUGUUCCAACAUGGCCUUCUGGUUGCCCACCAUCGAUGACUGACCUUGGUGCUGCUCGGCUGUUUCUGUACAGUGAGGGUG